AUGACUUCGUACGAGGAAGCCAUUUUCACUUCGAAGAAGACAAAUUUCCAAAUUUUCAACUUGAUUUUAUAGAAUAACAGCCUUUCCAAAAGUUCAAAAAUGCCGCUGAGUGAUGCCGACGUUCAGAAGCAGAUCAAGCACAUGAUGGCCUUCAUUGACCAGGAGGCCAAUGAAAAAGCUGAAGAAAUUGAUGCCAAGGCAGAAGAAGAGUUUAACAUUGAGAAAGGUCGUUUAGUGCAACAGCAGCGUGUCAAAAUCAUGGAAAUCUAUGAAAGGAAGGAGAAGCAAGUGGAACUACAGAAGAAAAUCCAAAACUCGAACCUUCUAAAUCAAGCUCGUUUAAAGAUUUUGAAAGCCAGGGAAGACCAUUUAAAGAAUCUUCACGAUGAAGCGCGCAGUCGGCUGGUACAAAUCACAACAAACCAAGCUAAAUAUAAAGAACUCUUGCAAGGUCUCAUAGCUCAGGCUCUGUUCCAAUUAGUAGAAACUGAAGUGGUGAUUAUAUGUCGGCAACAAGAUGUCAACUUAGUCAAGGAGGUCAGCCAGUAUGCUCUUAGUCAAUACCGUGAUGUGGUCAAGAAAGACGUCAAGAUUACUGUUGAGAGUGAGAAUUUCUUACCUUCUGAUUGUGCUGGUGGUGUAAUUGUUACAACUAAUAAGGGAAAAAUCAAGGUGGUGAAUUCACUUGAAGAACGAUUAGAAUUGGUCAAAGGCCAGAUGUUACCUGAACUAAGAGAGAUGAUGUUUGGACACAACCCCAACCGAAAGUUCUUCGAUUAGAAUCCUCCUGGUGUACCUACCUAAAGAACAAAUCAUUCCUUUGUCAUAGAACCUGCAGCUGCU